UAUUUUACGUUUGAAAGAAGUUUACACAAAUCAUGUUAUUGUUUACCAAUUAAUGGUUUUUUAAAAUUAUAUUACGUAAGAUGAGAGCUACAAGCGUUUAGUUUAGUUGAUCCAAGUGAAAUUAGUUAUUCAAUUAGAUGGAUACAGGAACCAAAUUAGAAUACUACCCCUUUAGCUCCACAAUAAAUCCAAGUUUUUGGCAUAAGUUAACAGAAAUUAAGCUGGAUGUUGACAAAUUGAAUGAACACAAUAGACCCAUUUGGGGCUAUUAUUCUAACCUUAACUUAAAUAAGUGCAAAACAUCUCUAUUCGAAGUGGAUAGUACAUCGUUCAAUGGGCACUAUUCAAACCAGAAAGUCUACAUACCUGUCCUUGGCAUGCUCCUAAACAAAAAUACGAUUGAACAGUUUAAAGAAUGCGAUAAGAAUUCACUCGUUCAGACGGAAGGAAAGAAGUUGUGGGGUGAUAUUAAAAGUGACAAACUACUCACUGAUCCAUUUCGUUUAAACUCAUUUUUAGUGCUCUCAUUUGCAGAUUUGAAAAAAUACCACUAUUACUACUGGUUUUGCUAUCUUGCUCCUACGACAUUGGAAGUGAAAUUACUUAAGAUAACUCCAAUAGAAGACUUAUUUAGUAAUUCGAUAAACGAUCUAGUCACUAGCUAUAAUGAAUUAGACAUUAAGGAAAAGCCAUUUUUCUUAUUGAAGCGACAUUGUGAUGGCCUACAGAUUUUACCACUAAGCCGUAUUAAAGAUGUUAACUCCGCAAAUGCAUCCGACUUUUAUUACGGAUUUUCCGAUCCGUCCGGGUCAGGUCAACAUCCCGGUUGGCCGAUACGUAAUUAUAUCUUAUUAAUAUUGCACUAUUGCCCGUUUUUACAAGGCAGCACUGUGAACCUUUUUGCAUUCCGUUUAAGCAGAAGCGGUGUGACUACUGACUGCUCUCACAGUUUGGUUUUUACCACAGUAUUCCCCUUAGUGAAUCUCGAUGAGUUAAUGGAGAGCGAUACUGCUUGGAUCGGUUGGGAGAAAAACGAACGAGGGAAAUUUGGACCUCGACUUUCAAAUAUGAGAAAUUCGAUUGAUCCGCAAUGUCUGGCGGAAACGGCGGUUGACUUAAAUCUCAAAUUAAUUAAAUGGCAACUUUUACCAAACAUCAAUUUAGAAAAAAUCAAGUGCUCCAAAUGUUUAUUACUUGGCUCUGGUACAUUGGGAUGCUCUGUUGCUCGAAAUUUACUGGCGUGGAGCGUACGUACGAUAACAUUUGUCGAUAACGCACUAGUCUCCUUCUCCAAUCCAGUUCGACAGAACCUAUUCACCUAUGAAGAUUGCCUGGAAAGUAAGACGAAAGCUGACGCGGCCGCACAGAAUUUACGGAAGGUUUUUCCUGGAGUGCAUUCUAAAGGAUACAAUCUUACGAUUCCAAUGCCCGGCCACCCGGUCGGCGAAAUCCUUUUGGAUCAAACGAAAUCUAACGUGGAAACGCUGACCGAAUUGAUUUCCACGCAUGACAUUAUCUUUUUAUUAAUGGAUUCUCGUGAGAGUCGGUGGUUGCCUACACUUCUAGGAACGAUUAACAAAAAGAUUGUUAUAAAUGCAGCUUUGGGAUUUGAUACUUAUCUGGUGAUGAGGUAUGGUAUUAGGUGUGCGGAUACAGCUGAUGAAGCUCUUAGCUGUUCAACAGAGGGUUUCAAGGCAAUUCCUGGUAAUAAACUGGGAUGUUAUUUUUGCAAUGAUGUUACUGCUCCUGGAAAUUCUCUUGCCAAGCGAACCUUAGAUCAACAGUGUACAGUAACCAGACCAGGUGUGUCUGCAAUUGCAAGUGCUCUGGCCGUGGAACUGGCGGUGUCAAUUUUGCAACAUCCUCGUGGAGCAAGUGCUCCUGCAUUUUAUAAAGCUAACAAUCAGGAUUUAGGGGAUGAUUGUGGACCUGAAGAAUCUAUACUGGGUGCUGUUCCUCAUUCUAUACGUGGAUUUUUGUCAAUGUUUAACCAUGUAAUGCCAGCUACAGAAAAAUAUAAACAAUGUGUGGCUUGCUCUGACAUUGUUAUUGCCGAAUAUGAAGCAAGCGGAUUUGAUUUUCUACUAAAGGUGUUUAAUAGCUGUAAGUACUUAGAAGAACUAACCGGCCUUUCAGACAUCCAUAACGAAAUUGGCAACUUGGAGGUGUGGGACUUCGACGAAAUAAAUGAAUCUGAUUAAUGAUAUGCUUAUGGCUAAUUUAUAUAUAUAAUCCAUGGUCCCUGUUUUCUAUUUUGUUACUAGUUUUUUUUUUAAAUUGUUUAGGUCUAUUUAUGUAAGUGUUUCAUUUUUUCCUUUUUAGUACAUGUAUUUGCUGUACGCUACUGUUAUUUUAUUUUGUACUGUUAUUGCACAACUUCAGACUUUUGCCUUUACAAAAUAUGCAGUCAUCGCUAUACCUACUAUGCUAAAGCAAACGAACAUAAUUAAAUUAUUGAAAUAAAAAUGUAUAUUAUU